AUGAUGCAUAAUGAACCAUCAGCACAGACUCUUCCACCGCCAUUACCAUUAUCAUAUGAACAAGAAACAAAAUCAAAUGGUUUUCAUGAUUUUACAAAUCAUCAUCAUCAUCCACAUCAACAUCAACAUCAAUCAUUAGAUCCAAUUGAUUCUCAACAACAAUAUUCAAAUUUUAUUCAACAUAAUACAUAUCAUCAUCCAACAUCGGAUGAACAAUUUUAUUCAACAACACGUAAUUCAUUUACAUCAUAUCCAUAUCCAUAUUCAUUACCUUAUCCAUCAUUAACACUUGAUGCAGAUGAAAAAUGUCAUUAUGAUGAACGUGAUAUACAACCAAAAUUAACAAUUAAAGGUAAAAAAAUUCGUAAACCAAGAACUAUUUAUUCAAGUAUGCAAUUACAAGUACUUAAUAAACGUUUUCAACGUACACAAUAUCUUGCUUUACCUGAACGAGCUGAAUUAGCUGCUUCACUUGGACUUACACAAACACAAGUGAAAAUUUGGUUUCAAAAUAAACGAAGUAAACAAAAAAAAAUUGUCAAAAAUGUUAGUCAUCAUUCAUCAUCAUCUUCCCAAUCCCCCAACCCGAACCCAUCACACCAUUGUACAUCUCGAAUAAUGAACAAUAAACAUAAUGAUUCUAUGUUUUUAGUAAAACAAGAACAACAGCAACCAUCAACAUCAACAUCAUCAUCAACAUCAUCAUCAUCAUCAUCAUCAUCAUCAACAAUUUCAAAUCCUAUUGAAUCAAACUCAUUUAAUAUUGAUGCAGUUUCAUCAUCAUCUCCAUUUGCACCAAUUGAAUAUACAACUCAUCCAAAUCAUUUUUGGUCUUUAUCACCUUAUGUAACUAGUUAA